AUGGCUGUCCGCCUCCUUUUGGGUGGCGCUCUCGAUACCGUUGCGUCAACCUCGACGUCGCUGUCGCCCUCCCCCGACCCCACCGUCGCCCGUGCCUCGGUUCGCGUCAUUGGGGACAGCCUCUCAAGCUCGUUAUUUUGGCUUGCCGAUAUGCAUCCAAAGUUCCAAUAA